AUGGCCAAGAAGAAGCGCCAGAGGAUCAGCUACGUCCUACCACUGGCCAGCACGCCAGGAGGUCACCGACUGGGAGUGAACGGAUUGGCGUUCGAUGACGACCGCAGUAUCUUAUAUACCGGUGGCCGCGAUGGAGUCGUGUGCGCCUGGGACCUAGACCUCGAAGCGCAGAAGAUCAGUUCCGGGACCGAUGCAGCGAGGCAGAAAAAGAGCACCGUCACCUUCCGCAAACAGGUGCAGGCACAUACACAUUGGGUGAACGAUAUUGUUUUGGUCAAGAACAACUUGGGCCUGGUGUCAGCGUCUUCAGACGUUACAGUCAAACUCUGGCGACCUCAUGGCCACGAGACCGCGCAAGCGUACACCAUCGGCUCCCACAGCGACUAUAUCAAGUGUCUGGCUGUCCCGGAUCGCACCUCUGACUGGGUUGCGUCCGGUGGCUUGGAUCAUAAGAUCUGCCUGUGGGAUCUCAGCGGAGCGGGAAAAACACUCGAGAUCAAUGUCAGCAGGGCCGAAGAUGUGGUCAAGGGCUCGGUGUACGCUCUUCGCGCUCGGGGGUCCAUGCUUGCCAGCGGAGGCCCGGAGGGCGUGGUUCGACUCUGGGACGUGAAUUCGGGCAAAGGCAUCACCAAGCUCGUCGGACAUACAGACAAUGUGCGCAGCAUUCUGAUCAGUGAUGACGGAGACACCUUGCUCACGGCCUCAUCCGAUCAAACCAUCAAGGUCUGGUCUAUCGCGGCCGGACGGUGCAUUCAUACCCUGACCAUGCACAACGACAGUGUUUGGUGCAUGUACUCCAACGACCCCAAUCUGGCCGUCUUCUAUUCGGGCGACAAGUCCGGACUGGUGGCCAAGACAGAUACUCGGAGGGCCAUGGAAAUCGACGACGGAGUGUCAGUUGCGGUGUGUCAGGAACAUGACGGCAUCGCUCGUGUCCUGCCCGUCGGCAACUCGGUCUGGACGGCGACUUCAAGCUCGAGUGUCAAUCGUUGGCUUGACGUGGAUACGGAACUCGACAUUGAAACGCCACCGACAUCGCCGCGUCAAGAGCGCGCCGCAAGUCUGGAGACGAGGACUCACUUGUCGCCAGAGCCUCCCGCCUCGCCGUAUCCCACUGCCAAUGGUAACAGUAACAAGCCGAGGAUCCCACACAAUGCAGUCCUGCGCAUAUCCAACACCGCUCCUCAUCCGGGCCGGAAGAAUUUGGGGCGACUUCCCAAUGUAUCUGCAACGAAUGUCAGAAAAGCCUCGGAAGCCAUGAUCACAGAUGAUCUGAGCCUUGUCGUCCCACUUCGAGGACAGCCGGCGGAGACCAUUGAAGGCCAAAACGGGCUGAUCAAGCAUGUCAUGCUGAACGACAAGAAGAGGAUCCUCACGUUAGACACGGCCGGGGAGGUGGUCCUGUGGGAUCUGCUGAAGUGCGUUCAGAUCAAGUCCUUUGGCCGCCGCCAUCUCGACGAAGUUGUGCCGGAGGUCAACACCACCGAAAGCGUAGCCAAUUGGUGCGCGGUGGACACCAAGACAGGGAAAAUCACCGUUAUGUUGGAAGAAAACUAUUGCUUUGACGCCGAGAUCUAUGCAGACGAGCUGGACCUGCCCAGUGACCUUGCUUUUCGCGAGGAUCAACGAAUCAAUCUCGGAAAAUGGGUACUGCGCAACCUCUUCGCGAAGCUAUUAGAGGAAGAGAUCGCACGCGACGAAGCCUAUCGAAGCACUCUCCGAACCCAUACGCCUCCUAGCCGCCUCAAUCGACCCGGUGCGCCCACCAGCAUCAUGAUGCCGGAGUCCGUGGGAAGCACCCCGAUGGUGUCUCCUGGAACUCUGACCACACCCCGUGCAUCCAACGGUCACACCUUCGUCCCUGCGACUCCCAGCUUGGCGAUUGGAGCGGCGACACCAGGCUUCGCACCGCUGACUAUGACAUUGCCUCCGACAGCGGAAGAAGAUACUCCGCAGCGAUAUACCAACGGUGCCUUGUCGUCGGUGCAGCCCACUCCCAGCGGCAUCGAGGGACAGCACGACUACUUCUCUUCCCCAAACGCCGGUGCUGCCAACCACAUCCAAUCCGAGACGUCUUCAGAGAGCAACAAGGUGCCCGUGACUCCUGGUGCCCUCGAGGGCGCAGCCAUGUCCACGCCGGCAUCACCUACCGAAGAGAGGAAGAAGGGCCUGUUUGGCAAGAAAUUCCCCAUGGCGUUUUCCAAAAAGGCCACCACCCGGACAUCGACGGAGGUCAAGCCGCCUGUAACGAUGGAGGAGAAGUCGGACACGGCGUCGUUCAAGUCGUCGGAAAAGGAAGAAAAGAUCAUCGAAGACAAUCUGUUCGGCGUGAUCCAAAAGAUCCGGCAAGAAUAUGAUGACCACCUGGAGUCCAAUCCAGACCAGCCUCUCCCGCCGGGCAUCACGCCGAGUCUGCCUGUCGAGACGCCCGUGUUGACACCGCCACCACACACGACGGUCAUUAUCCAGGAAGACAACCCAGAGUCUGGUGGUCUCGCAGACCAGUAUCGCGGCGAGAUAGGCGAUCUGGGCAACGAGGCCGACACGUUGGAGAAGAUCGCACCCAUGUGGUUGGGCGAUUUGCUGCUGAAGAACCAAAUCCCCUACAAAGACAGCGUCAAAGUCUCGUUCGUCCUCCACCCCUACGACAACCUCCUCCCGUCCAUCGCCUCGCCCGACGGCAAUGCUCGACUCAACGCCAACCGCAUGCUCCGCGCCAAGAAGAUCAUGGCCUACAUCGCCGAACGCAUCGAGGCCCCUGUACAUCACGAACACAAUCACAAUCACGAUGCCGAUCCUGAUCAACCGGAUCCAGAUGCGGCGGCAGACCUCAAGCCCGAAGAGUAUCUCGAGUUGUACUGUCAGGGUCAGCGUGUCGAUCCGAACACCACGCUCGCCACGCUCCGAGUGCACGUCUGGCGCACGGGCGGCGAUGUCGUCUUGUAUUAUAAAAGUAACGGGAGGAAGGAGCUGAGGUUGCCGCAUCCGUCCGAGGUGCCGACCAUAGAGGAGAGUGAGCAGCAUACGGGGGUUGUGAGGUGA